CGCAUAUUUAUGUUUAUUUAGUUCGAUCCGUACGGUAAAUAUAAGUGUAGAUAUCGCGCUCGGUUGUGAACUCGCCGGAGCAGCACCGCACGCGGCGUCCGGGUCUCACUUUGUUUCACUACUAUUCGUGUUUGAAAUGAUAUAGUUUCACAAUGAACGGGGAUAGUAUUACUGUUAGCGGUGUGGAGGCCGAAUACACGGACAUUGCGAACAGAAAUGCGUGGGCUCUUGUGUAUCAGAAAAUCGGCCGGGAGUGUCACGCAUACCCAUACACAUGCACCGAGGCGAAGAAGCUGGAGAAUAAGCCGCUGAAUCGGUAUCGGGACGUGAAUCCGUACGACCACAGCCGCGUCAUCCUGAAGCGAUGCGACAGGGACUACAUCAACGCCAACUUAGUCAAGAUGGAGCGAGCCAACCGCAAGUACAUCCUGACCCAGGGCCCGCUCGCGUUCACCGUCGGCCACUUCUGGCUCAUGGUGUGGGAGCAGAACUCCCGCGCCAUCCUCAUGCUGAACAAGAUCAUCGAGAAGAACGAGACCAAGUGCCACUGGUACUGGCCCCGGGCCCUCGGCGAAGACAGCAAGAUGGUGCUCAAGGAGGUCCGGCUGACGGUGCAGCAGACACAGGAGCAGGACUUCAACUACUACUCCACCAGGGUGUUCAGGAUCGUGGACAUGGAAACCAGCGAGUCCCGCGAAGUGAUACAGUUCCACUACACAACCUGGCCCGACUUCGGCGUCCCGCAGUCCCCGCACGCGUUCCUCGAGUUCCUUCGGCGCGUGCGGGCUUCGGGCGCGCUGGAAGCGGACGCGGGGCCCGCGGUGGUGCACUGCAGUGCGGGGAUCGGCCGGUCCGGGACCUUCUGUCUGGUGGACUCGUGCCUUGUCAUUAUUGAAAACGAGGGCAUAGAGAAGUUGAGCGUCCAGCAGGUUCUCCUGGAGAUGCGGAAGGACCGCAUGGGGCUCAUUCAGACCCCGGACCAGUUGCGCUUCUCCUACCAGGCCAUCAUUGAGGGUGCCAAGCGACUCGACCCUGACUACAAGGAACCUCAAAUGGAAGAAAGCAUAUACUCAUCAGUGCCCGACGAAGAGGAGCCCCCCCCGCCGCCCCCCCCGCGCGGCGAGAGCCUCUCCAGGGCCCCUAAGAGGCCCCUACCCUCCAUACCCGUCAGCGCUUCGCUUGGCGACAUGCAUCAGUUUACCGCGGAGGCGUCUUCUGACGACAGCCUGCCUGCCUCGCCCGCGCCGGACGCCUCGCCCGCCUCGUCCGCCGACGACGAGGAGGAGCCGCCUCCGCCCGAGAGCGGCGGCGAGCCGGCGGCGGCGCUGCGGCGGCGGCGCGUCCGCGAGCUCGCCGAGCGCGUCUCCGCCGUCAAGCGGCGCGCGCGCGACGCCGAGCGCUGGCACCACCUCAAGAGGUUUAAAUCGGAGGAAACGCUAAAAAGGGACCGGAACACUGAGGCAGAUUAGGUAAAUUAAUAUUGUAUUUCCAAACUUUUAGUACAAAACAUUUCAUGUGUCAAAACUUGCUUUUGGAUUUAACUACUCACAAUCAGAAGCAUUUCCCGAACAAACAAAUUUUAGUUAGUGUAAUAAAACUUUUUUUAAAGCCGAUGGUUAUUUAUCUGGGUACAUUUUGACCAUUUGUUACAGAAAAAGAAACCCCCUAUACACCUGCAAAAUUAUCAGAGCAUUCGCGAUCGUACGGGACAACGGUAGACAACUUACGGUGGUAUUCCACCUGUCCAAUGUCCAUUGCGUUGGACCAAGAUAUUGAAGUACCUCGCGUCACGGCCACGCCCACCUUCUAAGCACCUAUAGGUCCUAUAGUGAUGAUACGAAAAUUAAAAUUUGAGACUUUUUUUGUCGACUAGAUUAGCUAAUGAUUUUGAGUAAAAGACCAAACAAAGUAAGUUCUACAAAAAGUAUUUUGUACUUUAAAAAACUUGGAAAUCACUCUAAUACUAAUAAUGAAAGUCUAGUUGUAUAUAAUACUAGGCGGGCCCGCGGCUCCGCUCGCGUAAAAAGAUAAAGAGUUUGUCUUAUGUUUAGUUAAAUAUCGACAUUUAAUAUUAUGUAUUCAACCCUGCCAGGGUUCAUAACUCUGUGAUAGGGACUUCUUAUUUGUAACCGUUAUUUGGAUAACUUAAUUCGCAUAUUUCUCAAUAAAU